AUGACGUCAAAAUCUACUUUUCUUAUACAAAUUGCUUCUGUACCUGGUAAUCAAGUAGGACAACGACGAUUUGAACAAUGUCGCUAUUUACAUGAUUUACUUGUCAAUACAUUAAUUGAUCGAAAUGAAGAAAAAGAUCGAAAAGAACAAAUAAAAGUAUUGUCAAAAUUAGUUCCACAGCAUAAAAUUGUUCUUCGAUCUGGAUUUUCACAAACAGCUCAAUGGGGUCUAGAACCAAAUAUGUUUAUUGAAAUUAAUGGUGAUGAACAUCAAGCACGUAUAAUUAGUGCACUUUUUGGUAAAGCAUUUUGUCAAGAUGGUAUAGGUAUUGGUGGUGGUGAAGUUGAAGGACAAAAUCAUUCUGUAUUAAUUGUUAAUAAAGAUUGGAAUAAUGAAGAUGAACGAUUAAAUUUUGUUUCAACGAUUCUUCAACAUUAUCCAUCACUUUCAGCUCAACUUGAUAUUAAUGGACAACUUGCAUUUCAUGAUUAUUCUAUGCAAUCAUUAUAUUCAUUUAAUGAUAUAAUUAAAUUCAUUAAUAAUAAAAAUAAUCAUGAAAAAUAUUUUAUUGAAGAACAACAAAUGAAAAGUGAACUUGUUGAUCAAACUGAAUAUGAAAAUUUAUUAAUGCUACUUGAAUCAUCACAUAUGCGUCAUACAUUUAAUAUAUUACGACAAGCACAUGCUCGACUUUUUUCUGGUUAUGCAUGUGCUUCAUUAACUUUACCAUCAUUAUCAAUAAAACGUCGACAAAAACGAUCUGAACAAAAACGUGAUAAAUAUGAUAGAAAUAAAAUUUUUUCAUUGUCACCUUCUCAUUUAUGUUCAUUAAUUUUCAUUUCUCAUCAACCAUCUGUAUGUGUUAUAAUAACUUUUAUUAUUCCUAUCAUUCAACUUUCUAUUGGAUUUAAAUAUAUUGUUACACAUGGAGAAGAUCCUAAUACACAAUGUGAAGCAGCACCUGAUUUACCAUUACUUAUGGCUAUUGGCGGUAUAUUUGCACUUUUUUUCUUGGGUACAGCUUAUGGUUUUUUAAAAAUGAUUUCUUCUAUAAAUAAACAACAAAGUGAUGUAUCUGGGAAAACGCCUAAAAUUCUUGUUGGUCUUGUUAGUUUUACUUUUGGUGCAAUUACAUUUAUUUUUUUUAUUCUCAUGCAAAUUCGAGUUUAUGGAGCUUAUUCAAAAGGUGUUCACUUUAUCAGUAAAUCAGUAUCAAAUUAUUGUCAACCAACAGUUAUGCGUGGUGCUUUAGCUAUGAUUAUUCUUACAUAUAUCAAUAUACUUCUAUUUAUCGGUAUUCUUGUAUUUAUUGUUAUUAAUGUACGAAAUAAACUAAAAGAAAAAAAACAAGCAGAUGCCGAAGCGAUGAUGGAUUAUAUCAAUUACAGAUUUUAA